UUCGCGACUUGGAGGGCGCGUUCAGGUUUGUCGCGUCGCUCGUUUAUUGUAGACGGAGGAGGUGCUGGAUGUGAAACUCUCACUCCUCUCCCCCCGGCUGUCACCGACAAACAACGUUGGACGGAGGAAUUUGUUAUACCACACCACAGAGACUUUUGCACUGGUUUUUAUACACCGCCGCGUCACAAGUAGCCUAAAUCUCGCGUUUCGCGGAGCUGGAAAAUAUGUUUAAACUACUGACAGCGGUAAAAUAAACUUUGCACUAUCACCCGCGGUUGAGUACCCAAAAAAUGUCAUGCACUUUUCAAGAGCCUUUGCCUUCUGUGACAUUCAGAGGACUUUAUAACAACCAACAUGAAGCAGACAGGUACAGUUAGAACGCUUUGCCUAUCCUAAAGGGCUUUUAAACUUGUUGAAAUAGUUGUAAACAUGGAAGAGGCAGGCGCUGGGAACGGUACUGAGACGCAGGGUUGUGAACCGGAGCGUUCUGGAGACGGAGGACUGGAUGAGGUCCAGAUGCAUCUCGCCUGCUUACCGGAGAGAUACAUGAGAGCGAAGUUCUCCCUCUCUGCGUACUUAUUUUGUUGGACGUUAGUAAAGUUGUGUCAGAGAUUAAGACCGUCGCCAGUUCUUCCCCAGGCCUCAGCUUUAGAGGACUCUGGGAAUGAGGCAGCCUGUCUGGAUGAUGGGGAGUCUCCGCAGGAGGAGCAUGGAGAGCAACAGGACCAUCAGGAAUGGUGUGAGCCAGUUUCUGAAGCAGCACAGGACACAAAAGAGGAAUAUUUUGACACACACUCACGGCAGAGUGACACUUUCUCUGGCUUGAGUCAUGAAACUAAGGACUGCUGCAGGACACCGCUCAACUCUGUGGGUCAUCUGGCCUCACACUCAAUUUCAGUUAGAAGGAGAGAUCCCUCUUCAUCAAAACAGCAUCAUUCUGUCAAUCAUGCUGACAGUCUCAGUAGAACAGAGGAUAGAGAACAAUUGCAAAAGCAGACUGAAAAUAUGGGGAUCAUGUGCAUGGGAGUUGAUGGCACUGGAAUGUCUGAAGCUAAGGGUGCUCCGGAAUGUGAGGAGGUUUUCAGCAAUUUUCCAGCGGGAUCUGGAGUUGAUUCUUCUUCAAGGAAUGACCAAUCCUACAUCGUAACACCCCUACUGGCAUUAGAGAAUGCUGUAGAACCACAAGCACUCACUGAGCCAUGUGCUAAUGACUCAUUAUUGACCUUAACAGACUGUGAUGGAGCCAAGUCUCAGUUUGCUGACACCUUUGAGGGAAGAUCAAAAUGGGAUCAAAUUAACAAAAAUAUCACAGACACUCAGUCAGGACACAAUGAGCCACAAAUACAGUUCAUAACCUCACGUGAGAAGGAGUUACAGCAAAAUGAGAUUGGCAGUAGUAACACUGAAGUACAGUUGAUUUCGAAUGCACCUGUUGCGAAUAGUAAAGAUAAAGAAUGUCGUGAGCUGGGUGUUGAUGAAAAUAAUAUCAGUUUAUCUGUAUCACGUCAUCUUUCUGUAUAUGAGUCUGUAUCAGUUGAGAAGCCUAUUGAACAGGAAUUUGAAGAGUCAACAAAACACAGACAAUCACAGCUCUCAGUAGAGCACAGCAAAUCACAGCCCUUAGUAGAGCACAGCAAAUCACAGCCCUCGGUAGAGCACAGCCAAUCACAGCCCUCAAUAGAGCACAGCAAAUCACAGGCGUCAACAGAACAUAACCAAUCACAGGUUUCUAUAGAAUGUAGCCAAUCACAGAAUUCAGCAGAACACAGCCAAUCACAGGCAUCAACAGAACAUAACCAAUCACAGGAUUCUGUAGAAUGUAGCCAAUCACAGAAUUCAGCAGAACACAGCCAAUCACAGGCAUCAACAGAACAUAACCAAUCACAGGAUUCUGUAGAAUCCAGCCAAUCACAGAAUUCAGCAGAACACAGGCAAUCACAGGCCUCAACAGAAGACAGGUCAUCACAAGAUUUUGUUGAACACAGCCAAUCACAGAAUUCAGCAGAACACAGGCAAUUACGAGACUCAAUAGAUCACAGUCAGUCACAGGAUUCAGUAGAAUGUAGGCAAUCACAGAAUUCAGUAGAAGACAGCCAAUCACAAGACUCAGUAGAACAUAGUCAAUCAAAGGAUUUUGUAGAAUGCAGCCAAUCACAGGAUUCUAUAGAAUGCAGUCAAUCACUGUAUUCAGUAGAACGCAGCCAGUCACAGAGCUCAGUAGAAGACAUGCUAUACCAAAAUGUAAUCAUCAACAACAACAAAUCACAAGACCCUCUGACCUCACUACAGCACACCCAAUCACAGGAUUCUGUAGAACUUAGCCCAUCUAAUGAUUCUGUAGAAUGCAGCCAAUCACAGGAUUCAGUAGAAAACAUACAGUCACAUACUACAUCAGAACACAUUCAGUUACAGAAUUCUAUAGAAUGCAGCCGAUCACAGAAUUCCAUACAACACAGGAAAUCACAGGAUUUAGCAGAACAAAACCAAUCACAGAACACCACAGAGCACAGCCAGUCACAAACUCCAGUGGAACACAGCCAAUCACAAACUCCAGUGGAACACAGCCAAUCACAAACUUUAGUGGAACACAGCCAAUCACAAACUCCAGUGGAACACAGCCAAUCACAAACUCCAGUGGAACACAGCCAAUCACAAACUUUAGUGGAACACAGCCAAUCACAAACUCCAGUGGAACACAGCCAAUCACAAACUCCAGUGGAACACAGCCAAUCACAAACUCCAGUGGAACACAGCCAAUCACAAACUCCAGUGGAACACAGCCAAUCACAAACUUCAGUGGAACACAGCCAAUCACAAACUUCAAUGGAACAUAGCCAAUCACAGGUUGAUUUCAUUAAGACAAAUUCUAUGGGCACCCAGUGGACUAUGACGGAGUCAGAAUCUGGUUUUAUUUCAAACACAGCAGCUCUUUAUGAGAAGGGACAAUUAAAACAGGACUGUGUGGACGUAUGCAUAAAUUGUGAAGUCAGUCAAUCCUUCAAAACAUCUGGAAGGCUUUCAUCAAAGGAUACUGACAAAGAACUCGAUUUGAACUUCGAAAAGAAUAACAGUCUAAAUUUUAAAAAGCAGAACUUAAAUGACACCCCACCUGUUGUUUCCGAAUGCGAGUCUUUUUCAGCCGAGAGAGCUUUCUCAAAUAUGCCUAAUGCAACUUCUGCUGGAGUGUCAGAUUCACUGAAUCAACAUGUGAUCAAUGACCAGACCUCAGAACAGUCAGAUCUGCAGGCUAGACCUCAUUACGAUCAACAAAAUUUCCCAGUUUUACAAAUGCACACUGAAAAAACGGAUUCCUCAGUUAGUAGUUAUCACAUGGACAGUCAUUGCUUAGAGGACAUUGUUUCAGGGGAACAUGAGCCUGAGGCAGAUAUUUAUGAAACCCAUCAGUGCCCUAAUAGCAGAAUUAACUAUAACACACAGGGUGAAUUCACUGAAGCACAAGUGUAUGUUAACACUGAAACUUUUGAUACCAAUGAUGGUGACGUUUUAGAAGGAACGCUGAAGAAUAGCAAAACACAUCACAUUAUUAAAGGGUACCAGAAAGAAUUUACAAUAGUUCCCUCGGUAGAACAGUCAGUAAUUUACUCUGAUAGUUCGGGAUGCAUAGAAUACACUAGGCCUAAGUCAUUAAGUGUCGCGUGUCCUGACAUGAAGAGAGCUGAAUCCGAUGGAUGUCCUGUAGACAGUCCUGUCGAAUCUCUGGCUAGUCUGUUCGAGAUUUCGUAUGACAAAACUCAAGUCAGCCCCACAGAUGUUUGCUUUGAGCUCAGUGAUGGCCUUCAUAUGAACUGUAAACAAGUGGCACAUUGCGUUAUAGAAUAUACAGAGACCUCCAAACAAUUUCAUCGACCCGACACCCUGUCUGACAAACAAGCAAGACAAAACGAGUCGGUUGAAACAAUUGAGCCGGAUGUUGAUACUUUGUCUAGUGCAUGUACUGAUCCUUUCACAAAUGCACAAUCCCCUUUUGAUUAUUCCCAGCUGAACAGUAGAAAAGAUGAAUACAGCUCAGACACAAAUAAUAAUAUUAAAGCAAUUACUUUUGAAGAGUGUGCCUCAGGUGAACAGAUCUCUUUGCCCAAUUCUUUGCAGAAAUACAGCAGGUUUGGUAUCAAUGCUGGAUCUUUAGUCUCAAAAGGUGGUGAUUGCAAAGACAAUGUCCUUCCUAUUCAGGCUACUCCCUUUAAAGCACCUGAAAUGAGGUCUGCAAUUGACAGAAAAGAUAAUGUUGCUAAACCUUCUGAAUUCAACGAAUUCAGCAGCCAUAGAGAUGCUAUACUAAACCAGCUCUGUGAUUGCUGUGGUGGAAAGGAGUGCCAGCUGCACUCGUCUGCAGUGGAAGGAGAGCAGACAGCAGGAAGAUUUCAGUUCAAGGGCACAGAUGGCAUCAGUCAGAGCAGAACUGUAGUGUUGCAAACCUCGAGUACCUCAUACACAGAUGACCAAUGCAACACACAUGGAGAGGUUAAUGCAGACUCUACAAACUGUGAAUUUUCACAUAUUGGCCAUUUGCUUGCACACAAACAUCCGGAGUCCGUCCAAGAGAAAAGCAUAUUACCACUGAGUGGCUCACUCAAGGUCGAUGAUAUUUAUGCAUCGGAAAACAGCACUGAUUCAAUAUGCAAAACUUCUGAUCCUCUUUGUAAGCAAUCUUUGCAACUGUGCAACUCUGAGACUGAGGGCGCAUUUGUUACAUGUUGCCGUAUUUUACCCAUCACUAAUUUAGAGGCCAUUUUGGAGUCAGACCGUUCACCGGAGAGCUCAUUUGUGAUAGAAAAUGGACUGGGGGAGCAACAGGGAGGAAGUCCAUUAUCAGAAGGUGGAUUCAGUGAGGAAUGGAGCUCUUGUGAUGAUGUCACAAACCGCCCACAUGCAAACAUUUCUGCCAUGUGUACAAAAGCCAACGUAGCCACUGUCAUGAAUGAACAAGAUUCUGGAGAAACAAUUAGCUCUUUAUCAAAUGGUUUUGAUAGCAGUGAUGGUUAUAGUUUUUCCAGUGAAGGAAAAGAAGAGACGGAGGACAGCACUCAGUCAUCAUCUAGUCUUUAUGGUUCUGCAAGAAAUAAGAGAACCCAAUCAGGGAAGGGCUCUGUGUUUUCUGUUUUUUCUCGAAUGCCCUCAUUCCGCAAGAUUAAACGAGAACACAAAGGCAAUAGCAAGGUUGAUCCAGAAAUUAAGGACUCCAGUGAGGAAGGAGAUGAACGGGGUGAGUUGAAGUACAAUAGGUCACCCACACAAAACAAAUCCAACUCUUCACUGAACAAGACUUCUAUUUCUCAAAGUACAGAUCAUCUUUCAGACAUUACAAAGUUUGUUGACCACUCCAGUGAUGAUAUUUUUGAAAAAGCUUUUGCUUUAAAUAUGCAGAAUAGAGAGAAAUCCCCAAAUUUGUAUCAGCAGCACAAAGAUGGAGAUGUACUGAAUUUUAGAGUUUCCCCAACGACAGAGGGAUUUCAACAAAAAAGAAGCAAGAGUACCGAUAACUUAAACUUGCGCAUGAAACUCGCAAUGGCUCACAAGUCUCUGUCUAGCCUGUUUGAGUCCAGGUAUCCUGAGAGGGACAACCAGGAGCAGAUUGCACAGUCAGAGAACGAGGAGGUAAAAACCAAGCAGUCCUGGAGGAAGUUGAAACGGUCUAAGGAAGCAGAACUUUGCAAAAGAACUCUAUCGGUUCCUGGGAUGGUCUGUGACAAGUCCAUACAUCAGAGCCAUAUCGAUUGUGCCUUCUGUGCUCCUCAGAACAGGUCCAGACUUAAUAGCUCACCAGCUUCCCAAAAGAGUUUGAGGAACACUUGCCAUUCUGAUUCACAGAGUUUGAAAUCUUGUCCUCAGGAACAGUCUGAAGACAGAAAAUAUCUGGAAGGAGGUGAGCUGCCUUGUGCUCCUUACUUAGAUUCUUACCAGAUCUCAGAAGAUGGCUUCGAGUCCAGUGUAGAGGAUAGGUCGCAAUCACCUGUACACCCAACUGUUUUUGCACUUGCAAACCAGAUGUCACCUACCUGGACCAGAUCUUUAAGCUGUUUUGAGACCACUGAUACGCCAACAAGGCCCAUGAGCCCUAAACCUCACAGUCCUGGUCUGGGCUGGACACACCGGAGGAGCUUCCGUUACCCCUCGAGAUCUGUUGCAUCUUCUCUCUGUUCGCUCGGUCAAGGAGUGAGCACUGACGGUAUCUCUGAUCCACCUCAGAGACCGACGUCUCUGAAACCAAGAACAGCACAACUCACAACAACCCACUCUUUUGAUUCUGAGUCCUUACUAGAGGACAGCAGUUCAGACAGCCAGUCUCAAAAUAGCCUGAAUUCAGCAUCCCUGAUCAACAAACCAGAGCAUGUACAGCACAGUACUGAGCCAGCCAUCCAGUCAGAAGAGAGAAGACAACAGGGAAGUGCAUGUGUGCUUCGGGUGAAGUCCAGACAGCAGGGUAAAGCUGCACCCAGACCCGUCUCAGACAUCUACGGUUGGACCGUGUCUCUUCAGGGCAUCAGGGAGGUGGCGCUUGAUCUGGAGAGGAAGAGCAAUUCGACCAAAACACGUCGGCGUUCAUGCUCAUAUGAAACAUUGACUGAUGUGGAGAACAUCCAUAAAAAGAAGCUUAACAUGCGGCAAAGUUUGCGUCAGCUUAGCACACCAACAUCUCAGAAGCACAAGAAAGUGCGUGCCAGACUUUCCCUCACUUCUCCAGAGCAGUUCCCCUCUGUUCCUCUCAAAGACCACUUCUUCUCCCAGAGCACACCUGUUGGGCUGGACUUUUUGGGCUGGCCUCACCGUGCAUCAUUUUCAGAAUCGAAUCUCAGCACACCAGCACAAGAGGCACAUGGACAGGUCCCCCCUCUGGCCUUGGUGAUAACUGAUGGACCGCAGGAUAAGUCUGGCCUUGCUGAUGAGGUGGGGAGUGAAGAUGACCUGUACAAUGAGUUUCGCAGCUCCUCCAACCGAUUCGGACACCCAGGAGGAGGAGGAGAACAGCUGGCCAUAAAUGAGCUGAUCAGUGAUGGCAGCGUGUGCGCGGAGGCUCUAUGGGACCACGUCACCAUGGACGACCAGGAGCUGGGCUUCAAAGCUGGAGAUGUCAUCGAAGUAGUGGAUGCCACAAACAAGGAGUGGUGGUGGGGCCGGGUGCUGGAUAGCGAGGGCUGGUUCCCCGCCAGCUUUGUUCGGUUACGCGUGAACCAAGAUGAACCCAUGGAGGAAUACUUAGCCCAUCUGGACGGGGCCUCGGAGGGGGGUGGGGCCAGCAUGGGGGGCCCCUUAGGGCCCGGUCUGCCCUGCAAGGAGCAGAUGAGAGCCAACGUCAUCAAUGAAAUCAUGAGCACAGAGAGGGAUUACAUCAAACACCUGAAGGACAUCUGUGAGGGCUAUAUAAAACAGUGUCGGAAGAGGACAGAUAUGUUCACUGAGGAGCAACUGCGCACUAUCUUUGGGAACAUCGAUGAGCUCUACCGUUUCCAGAAGAAGUUCCUCAAAGCCUUGGAGAAGAAAUUCAACAAAGAUCAUCCUCACCUCAGCGAGAUUGGCUCCUGCUUCUUAGAGCACCAAACAAACUUUCAGAUCUACUCUGAAUAUUGCAACAACCACCCCAAUGCCUGCGUGCAGCUUUCCAAACUGAUGAAGAUCAAGAAGUAUGUGUUCUUUUUUGAGGCCUGUCGUCUGCUCCAGAAGAUGAUCGACAUUUCCUUGGAUGGAUUCCUGCUUACUCCUGUUCAGAAGAUCUGCAAGUAUCCUCUGCAGCUGGCAGAACUGCUGAAGUACACCAACCCACAGCACAGAGAUUAUAAGGAUGUGGAAGCUGCUUUAAAUGCAAUGAAGAAUGUGGCCAGACUGAUCAAUGAGAGAAAGAGGCGUCUGGAGAAUAUUGACAAAAUUGCUCAGUGGCAAAGCUCCAUAGAAGACUGGGAGGGUGAAGACAUCUUGAGCAGAAGCUCUGAUCUGAUUUUCUCUGGAGACCUGACCAAGAUCUCCCAGCCACAGGCCAAAGGCCAGCAGCGAAUGUUCUUUCUCUUUGACCACCAACUGGUUUUCUGUAAGAAGGAUCUUCUUCGGAGGGACAUCCUGUACUACAAGGGUCGGUUAGACAUGGAUCAGAUGCAAGUGGUGGAUGUGGAGGAUGGGAAGGAUAAGGACUUUAACGUGAGUGUGAAGAAUGCCUUGAAAUUAUGUUCUCCUGGGGGAGAGGAGGUCCACCUUCUGUGUGCCAAGAAACCCGAGCAGAAGCAGCGCUGGCUGCGAGCCUUUGCGGAUGAACGGGAACAGGUCCAGCACGACCUCGAAACAGGUUUUACGAUCACAGAGGUCCAGAAGAAGCAGGCCAUGUUGAAUGCAUCUAAAAGUCAUCCAACAGGGAAGCCCAAAGCUGUGACCAGGCCCUACUAUGACUUCCUGCUGCGUCAGAAGCACCCCACGCUUCCCACAUCCUUGCCCCAGCAGCAGGUCAUCAUGUUGGCUGAACCCAAACGCAAGACCUCCAAUUUCUGGCACAACAUCGGACGCUUGACACCGUUCAAAAAAUGAGAGACUCGGUACAUUCGCGGUUGUGCCUGAACUCGUGUUUUUAUCCCAGUGUAACACGUUUAUUUUUCUUGUCCAAUUGCGAAAGCACUUUAUGGGUUGGUUACAAUCACGGCAUCGCUCCCAGACGUUGUGGAACAUCGUGGGAGGGCGUUCCCGCUAUGUUAUUAUUAACGUCGAAAAAGACGGCUACUACUGCUCAACCGCUCCACUUUCCGGCACUAACACGACUACUGCUGCAAGUCAUCGUACGGACACGCUUCAUCGAAAGAGCCCUGCUUGAAGAGAGGACUUCUUUAUAUGUUGGUUAAUUUAUUUUCAAGUUUUCAAUGUAUGCCAGCUAUCCACAGUGCCCAACUACUAGCUUUUGUAUGUAAUUUGAUACUUUUGUGUAAUCCAUGAUGAUGUUUGAAGUUUCAAAGGGUUCCGCACAAGAUAAAAGUAGACCGUGUUGAGAUUUAUUACUGUAUUAACUUCCUGGAGGCUGUCACUCGAAGUCCGUCGAUAUCAUGUCAGUCUGUGUAUGCAACUAUCAACUCCUCCCAACUUUCUCCUCAUGAAGCCUCUGAAAUGAAACGUAGACGACGUCCCUUCGGUACUCACCGUUUCAGAUGAGUGUUUCAUGUAUGUGCUCAUUUGAUUCUGCUGCCUAAUGACUCCUCUGUAACGAACUUCUCUUUGAAGUGCCAUUCCAAACGUAAGCCACAUAUUGUGAUGGGGGUUGCAUGAAUUUGCUGUGAAACUCGACAUUUUCAACCCAAAUAAAAUUCUCAAUAUUCUGUCAUUCUGAUAGAUAAUGGUACUAUUAAAUUAAAGACUAUGUUUGACAGUUGUCAAAUAUGUAUGAUAAUCUUUGACCACAGAACAGAAUAUGUUAAUAAAAAGCAUUUGCAAGUGU